AUGAGGGGCAUGAGAGAAAGGCUUGCAAGAAAAUUGAAAUCCAUAUCCACAAUCACCAAUUUGAAACAAGGCCUAGUUUUUCAGGUAAAUGCUGCUGAUCAAUGUAAAGAACUUGGGCAUGCAUAUGAUAGCCUACAUGAUGUAGUUCCUUACAAGAUCAGCUUAUCGGAACUCAUAAACAAUGUUGAAGAUGAAGAUUUUGAUGAUUGCAAUGUUGAAGAUGAAGAUUUUGAUCAGGGUUUCCAUGUUACUGAAAGGCAAUCACAAGCCUGUAACUUGGACAAGUCAGAAGGAAUUCUGAGCAAUAAAUCUCUAGCAAUUUCAGAACCAAUGGUCAUCGAAAACAGCACUACUGUGAAAGAAGUCAUGGAUGAUAUUGAACUACAUUCAUCAUUGUCUGAUUUUGAAGAAAAAUGUCCACCAGGAGGAAGCGACUCGGUCAUUCUGUACACAACAAGCUUGAGAGGAAUAAGAAAGACUUUCGAGGAUUGUAGCACAAUAAGGUUUCUUCUGGAAAGCUUUCGGAUUUUGUACCUUGAGAGGGAUGUUUCAAUGCACAUGAAAUUCAGAGAGGAGCUUUGGAAGAUCAUGGAAGGUAAAAUAGUUCCUCCGCGACUCUUCAUCAGAGGAAGACUUAUUGGAGGAGCAGAUGAGGUUGUUCGAUUGCACGAGCAAGGGCAGUUAAGGAAGCUCCUGGAAGGGAUACCAAAAACGGCAUAUAACUGCCCCUGCCAUGGUUGUGCAGGGGUACGUUUUAUUGUGUGUGUCAGCUGUAAUGGUAGUCGAAAGAUGAGUGUCGAUGACCAAAGUUAUGAAAAUCCAGUCAGAUGCCCGGAUUGCAACGAAAAUGGACUAGUCCAAUGCCCCAUUUGCAGCUGA